CUGGAGCAGCUAAAGGCAAAGGCCGCCGAGGAGCGGACCACCAUGCUGGAGGCGAUCGUCACGGCGGGCAACGUCUUUGGCACCGGCUUUCGCGCCUUCAUCUCCGACUGGGAGAAGGUGAGCGCCACGGCGGUGGGCAUCUCGCUGGCGGCCGCUGGAAUUUACGGCGCCAAGCACGGCAUUGGCAUCGCCGGGCGCCUGAUUGAGUCCCGCAUUGGAAAGCCCUCUCUAGUAAGAGAUACUAGUCGUCUGAACCUAGCCGACGGUUUUCGUCACCCGGUGCGCACCGCCGGUCGCCUGCUGGCUUCUCGCAAGCCCGCCGACGCGCUGAAGGGCGUCGUGCUGGAGCCCUCGCUGGAGGAGCGUCUGCGCGACAUUGCCAUCGCCACGAAGAACACCCGCAAAAACGGCGGCCUCUACCGAAACGUCCUCUUCUACGGCCCACCAGGUACGGGCAAGACGCUCUUCGCGAAGAAGCUCGCCGAGCACUCGGGCAUGGACUACGCGCUGAUGUCGGGUGGCGACGUGGCGCCGAUGGGCCGCGACGGCGUCACCGCCAUCCACAAGCUCUUCAACUGGGCGGGCACCAGCCGCCGCGGCCUGCUGCUCUUUGUCGACGAGGCGGACGCCUUUCUGCGGAAGCGAGCCUCAGAGACGCUCAGUGAGGAGCUGCGCUCGACGCUGAACGCCUUUCUCUAUCGAACCGGCGAGCAGUCAGGUCGCUUCAUGUUGGUGCUCGCCUCAAACACUCCGGAGCAGUUUGACUGGGCCAUCAACGACCGCCUCGACGAGCUGAUCGCCUUUGAGCUGCCUAGUGAGGGGGAGCGGGAACGACUGGUUCGCCUCUAUUUUGACCGCUUCAUUUUGGAGCCGUCUGAGGGUAGGCGUAGUCGCCUCAAGUUGGACGUUUUCGACUACGGCGCCACCUGCUCGCUGAUUGCCAGUCAGCUGGAAGGAUUCUCUGGGCGGGAGAUUGCCAAGCUGGCCGUUGCCUGGCAGGCAGCCGGCUACGCCAGCGAGGACGGGCUGAUCACCCGACAGAUGAUGCUCGCCAAGGUGGAAGAGGCCAGGGAGCAGCACGCCCGGAAGAUGCAGUGGCAGGCGGACGAGGAGCGGCUGAAGCGCGUCAAGGCACAGGGCAAGAGUGCCAGUAACGCCAGUGCUGCUGAAGUGGCCAAAA